AGAGCCGCUCCAUCUGUCCUCGAUCAGCCACACUUUCUGCCAGUCAAUCACGUUGCUUUCAUGCAAGCCUCAACUGACCCCCAGUCGUAGUCGGGCAAUGCGUUCUUGGUGCCACUGCCACCACACCAUAUAUACUUAGCUUCCUCGUUGUGCAAUGCACUAGUCUAGUAUACUUACUUUCCAUGGCGGCGUCCCCCCACCUACUCGUCUUCCUCGUUGUGGCGCUCGCGGCCAGCGGCAGCAACGGCGCCGUCGCCGCUGCGGGCGACCAUGACGAUGUGCAGCUGCGGAAGGUAGACCUGUCACAGGCCAUCGAGGUCCUUUCCCGCUACCGCCCGGAGACCACUGAUGCAGAGACCCUGAAGCGGGCCGUGGCGGUGGUGAACCGGGAGGCGCAGCGGUACUGGAAGCCCAUCUUCAACAACGUCAACAAGGUGAUGCACAGCGGCGCCAACGACUGCACCAAGGAGGAGGCGUUCGCCGCGGCCAAGGCGCUGCUCAACCGCGAGCUCGGGCAAGGCCCGGACGCCAUCAAGAUGGACUUCGAGUACGUGUGACCUGCGUGCACGCAUGACACAUCGCCA